UUAUAUAAAUCAGUAUUAAAUAUGCAAAUACAAAAGGAUGAAUUUAAAGAAUUAUCUGAAGUUGAUUUAUUGAUAACCAGAAUUGCAGAAUUAGAACAUAUUAUAGAAGAAAAUGCUAAACUAGUGAAAUUAAGAAACGAUAUUGAGAAAAUCAAAAAGAAAGACCAAACCGUUACUAAUAUACAGAAUGCACUUUCUACAAAAGAGAUUUCUUUCACUUUAUCUGAAAACAACUUUAGAGACUCGAAACAAAAUCCUCAU